GGUCUACGGGGAGGGGGUGGCCCCACCCCUGAGGUAUGAAAGCCCCUCUCCCUGGCCCUGCUUCAGUCUGGAUGGGGGACCUGGGGCGGCAGGGCCCGGGCGGGAGGCCCCGGGGGAGGGGCUGCCUCCUGCUGGCUGUGGCGGGCGCCACUGCGCUGGUGACCCUGCUGCUGGCGGUGCCCAUCACCGUCCUGGCGGUGCUGGCCUUGGUGCCGCAGGAGCAGGGAGGACCGGUGACGGAGACCCCUGGCCCAGGAGCACAGGCCCAGCAAGGACUGGGUAAGAGCAACCAUCUCCCGCCUGCGCUCUCCUGCAGGAAUCCGGGCUCCCCACCUCGGCUCCGUCCCGGGGGCGGCAGGGCGCACGCGCGGGUGGCGCCCUGCCCACGCGCGGACUCUUCUCCAGUUCCAGGGUCCCCGGAGCGGCGGGAGGAGGUGCCAGACAGAGACCUCGGCCCCAUGCUCCCGGCUGCCCACCUCAUAGGCGCCUGGACGCAGGGGCUGGGGCUCGGCUGGGAGGCGCACAAGGAGGAGGCGUUCCUGCGCAGCGGCGCGCAGUUCUCGGGCGCGCGCGGGCUGGCGCUGCCGCGGGACGGGCUCUACUUCCUCUACUGCCACGUGGGCUUCCGCGGCCGCUCCUUGGGGCGUGCUCGCGUGGGGUCGCUGGUCUCCAGUUUUUUUCCCAUUGCUCGAAGGCAUCGGUGACCCUGAAAAGCCUUUGCUCCCAGCCCUGGUGGUUGCCCCACCCUGGCCUCCCGAUGCCAGGCCCCCGCAGGAGCGAGGCCUUCUUCCAAGCCCGGGCAUCUCAGGGCCCAAACCCCGCUCCGGUUCUGCCCCACCGCGACAGGGGUCGUCCUCGGGAGGAAGGCGAGGCUCAGACACGCACAGGGAGCCCCAGUGUGGCCCAGGGCCGCGCUGGCCGGUCCAGCAGCUGUGCUCUGCUGGGACCCGAGAGCCCUCCCCCUAACCACAGGCAGCUCUUCUGGAAUGGCAGCGGGGGUUAAAGGGGUACAGGCAGGAGGCAGGAGCCUGCGGACCCUGCAGACACCAGGCCGAACCCGGGAAACUGAGGCCGCGGGUUGGAGCAAUGGAACCUCCUCGCCCUUCGUGCCUGCUCACGGACCUCCUUCCCAAAGCGGGCACGUAUGAGUGACAGGACUUGCCCCACAUCCUGACCCACUUUGGGGCCCAGGCUGGAGGAAGUAGAGGGGACCCAAGGCCCUAUCUAGGUCACCGCAAUGGGUCACCCACCUUGGCAGCAUACCACAGGGCUGGUUUUCCCCUGCCUGGCACCCACCACGAAGGAAAGCCUGACUUCUGUGCCUGGGGCUUCCUUUUCUUUGGGGCUCCUUGUCUGACUCCAUAUUUGUUUUUGAUCUCUAGUUCUGUCUCUCUCUCCCUUUCUUUCCUUCCUUUUUCUUCCUUCCUUUCUCUCUCUCUCUGUGAUGCUCCUGCCUCAGCGUCCUAACUGCAGGGAUUACAGAUGUGCACCACCAGCCCAAUGUCUCCUCCUUGGUUUUGUGUCCAGCAGAGCCAUCUCAAUGGGUGGGUGGGUUACAAUGAUUCUUUGCUUGACCAAACCUUAACUGGGCUUUUGGAUCUUCUCCUAUGGGCCUGCGUACACUUCCUUGUAAAAUUCAGUUUUAGCAAAUAACCCUGCUAGGUCCGUUUUGUGAAAAUCCACUACUCUUCCCAUGGAAUCCGAUCACCUCCCAUAUCUGGUCAGGGUCCUCAUCUUCCACGCUCCUCCAGGUGGGGCCGAUCACCCUGGGCUUUCUCAGCACCCUAUCAGAUCUUAAGCAGAAUCCUCCCCCAAUGCUUUUUCUGUCAUAGUCAUUUUCCAUCACUGGCCCCCCCACUCUCCCGUGGCUCUCCGUUCCCACUUGCCCAUGCUGUUUGGAGCUGAGCCUCGUCCCUUCCCAACUGCAGCAAUCCCUGUGCCACUAGCCACGACCUUGAAUAAAAUCUUUAUAAUAUUUUA